AUGAUAGCACGGAUCGCGCUUGGCCCGGCAGGCCUCGCGAGGAGGGUGGGGAUGGUGAAGAAGACGGCGAUGGAGCGCACGGCCGCGAAGGCUGCGCAGGCCAACACGAUGCUUGGCGUCAGGGUGGCGCCCCCGCCGGGCGCCGCGAAGCGCGAGGUGACGGUCGAGAAGCCCGCGGACGACCCGUUCCUUGAUCUCGGGCUCGACUGGAAGGUCCUGGAGGAGGCUGGCGCCAUCCGGGUGCGGCAGCACGUCAACCCGCUGCAAAAGCAGCACCAGAUCCCGGCGACGGGUCUCGAGUGGGACAAGGUCUUCGCGGACCCCAAGCUCCCGCUCGUCGUCGACGUCGGCUGCGGUCCCGGCCGCUUCCUCCUCCUGCUCGCCAAACGCUGGGGCACCGAGGGCCGAAAGUGCAACUACCUCGGCAUCGAGAUCCGCACCAAGAUGGCCGAGAGGGCGAACAAGUGGGCGAAGCUGCUCGGUCUGGACGGCAACGUGCACUUCCUCGCCACCAACGCGACGAUAUCCAUGAAAUCCCUUCUGGAAAAGUACCCGGGGGACCUGGACCUGGUGUGCGUGCAGUUCCCGGACCCGCACUUCAAGCGCAAGCACCACAAGCGCCGCACCGUCCAGCCGCAGUUCGUCGACGAGGUCACGGAGCGGCUCGCGCCUGGCGGGCGCGUGUUUCUGCAAAGCGACGUCGAGGCGGUGGCGAUCGACAUGCGCGACCAGUUCGAGGAGCGGCACGCGGAGAAGUUCGAGCUCGACAAGGCGCACGCGGAGGGCCGGACGUUCCCGGCGCGGCAGGCGCGCUUCUAUGAGGUUCUGCAUGACCGGAUGACGGAGGGGGGGAAGAAGGCGGUGAGCGGGGCGGAGGUGAUCGUGGAGGGCGCGAAGCACGACGAGCUGGAGCUGGACGGGCAGUGGGACGGCGACGACGGGGGGUCGUUUCGGAGCAAGUGGGCGCAGGCGGGGUGGCUGGUGGACAACCCGCUGCCGGCGCCGACGGAGCGGGAGGUGUACGAGCUCGUGAAUGAGAAGUUCGGGGGCGUCGCGCACCGCAUCCUGCUCGUGAAGAAGGACGCAGGCGACGGCAAGUGA